CAAUGGGGGUAGUGUUCUCAUCUUAACUCAUUCCACUUACAAAAAUAAUAUAAGGUAUAGUAAUUUAAAAAGAAGAAAAAAAGGAAAGAAAUUCGAAAAAAGGAAAAUAUGGAGAGGGCAACGUUUUUGCUUUUGCUAUGUCUCUUGGCUGGUACGAUGUCAACGGUUAAGGGUGAAGACCCUUACUUCUAUUUCACAUGGAAUAUCACCUAUGGUACAAUCUCCCCUGCAGGUGUUCCUCAACAGGUUAUUCUUAUCAACAACGAAUUUCCUGGACCCAACAUCAACUCCACUAGUAACAAUAACAUCGUAGUUAAUGUCUUCAACAACCUCGAUGAGCCAUUCCUUUUCACAUGGGCUGGAAUUCAGCAAAGGAAGAACUCAUGGCAAGAUGGUGUAGCAGGAACAAACUGUCCCAUCCCAGUAGGAUCAAACUUCACAUACCAUUUUCAAGUGAAGGAUCAAAUCGGUAGAAAUAAAAUAACAACUUAA